CAAAACAAGCACCACAAGCAACCCCUCCUCCACUCUCUUCCUUCCUCUAUAUAUAUAUAUAUAUAUGACUGAUUCCCAAAGCUCUUCCUCAAAACCCUAGAACAACACCGAGAAGAAGAAGAAGAAGAAGAAGAAGAGGUGAAGAACUAAUGGCGACCCUUUCCCUUCAUUCAAUCCCUAGCGCAAUCACUCUCUACAUCUUCAUCCUCAUCGCUUCAAUCAACGCUGACAACCUAAUCGAAGAAACCUGCAAACAAGUCCCAGAUCUAAAAGACCUGUGUGUGCAAACCCUAACAUCAGAUCCAAAAAGCAAAACAAGCAACGACGCACACGGGCUGACAAGUGUAGCAAUAGGGUUGACGGCGAAGGAAGCGGCAGUGGCAGGAGACCAGAUCACGAGGCUGGCAGAGCAAGUGAAGGCGCAUGAGGAAGAGCUGCUCCAAUGCUUAGCGGAUUGCGAGGAGGAGUAUGAGGAUGCGGUGCAGCAAUUGGAGCAAUGUAGGGUUUCGAUGGAUGAGAAAGAGUAUCAUGAAGUGGUGAUGUUUGUGGAAGCGGCGCUGAAUGAUGUGAAGAAUUGUGAGGAAGCUUGUAAGAAUGUGGAGGAGAAGGAGAAGAAAGAGUUGAUUGAGGAGAAGAAUAAUAAGGUAAGAGAUAUGUGUAAUUUUGCUCUUGCUCUUACUAUUGGAUUGCAACAACAUAAAAAUCAUGUUACUUCUACUUAGUAACACUUACUCAACUUUUGAAUUUUUUUAUUUUUUAUUUUAAUA